AUGUGCCAAGCGUGCAACGGAGGAAACUCAAACGGCGCUGCUGCCCCGGCCGUCCCGGCUGCCGACAACGGUGUCUCGAACGGCUCUCACCCUGUUCAGGGCCAGCCCAAGAGCUCGCCUUACCAGUCGGUCCAGGAUUAUCUCUCCAACGUCGGCAGCUUCAAGAUCAUUGAGAGUACACUCCGUGAGGGAGAGCAGUUUGCCAAUGCGUUCUUCGACACCGAGACCAAGGUGGCCAUUGCCAAGGCUCUGGACUCAUUUGGUGUUGACUAUAUCGAAUUGACCAGCCCCGUGGCCAGUGAGCAGUCGUUCAAGGACUGCCAGACCAUCUGCAACCUUGGACUCAAGACUUGGUUUAUAGAUGUGCGCUGCAACAUGGAGGACGCCAAGGCCGCCGUUGCUACUGGUGUUGAUGGUGUCGAUCUCGUCAUCGGUACCUCCAGCUUCCUCCGCGAAUUUUCCCACGGCAAGGACAUGGCGUACAUCCAGAAGGCUGCUCUCGAGGUGAUUGACUACGUCAAGAGCCAAGGUGUUGAGGUCCGUUUCUCGUCCGAGGACUCUUUCCGCUCCGACCUCGUCGACCUCCUCACCCUGUACAAGGCUGUCGACAACGCUGGUGUCAACCGCGUUGGUAUCGCCGACACUGUUGGUGGAGCUACUCCCCGCAUGGUCUACGACCUCGUGCGCACCCUGCGUGGUGUUGUCCACUGCGACAUUGAGACGCACUUCCACGACGACACUGCUUGCGCCGUCGCCAAUGCCCACGCCGCUCUCGAGGCUGGUGCCACCCACAUUGACACGUCGGUUCUCGGUAUCGGCGAGCGUAACGGCAUCACCCCCCUGGGUGCUCUGAUGGCCCGCAUGGUCGUCACGGCCCCCGACUACGUCAAGUCCAAGUACAAGCUCACUGAGCUCAAGGAUCUCGAGACCCUGGUUGCCGACGCUGUCCAAAUUAACAUCCCCUUCAACAACCCCGUGACUGGCUUCUGCGCCUUCACCCACAAGGCCGGUAUCCACGCCAAGGCCAUUCUCAACAACCCCUCGACCUACGAGAUCAUCAAGCCCGAGGACUUUGGCAUGAGCCGCUACGUCUCCAUCGGCAGCAGGAUCACCGGAUGGAACGCCGUCAAGUCGCGUGUGGACCAGCUCGGUCUCAAGAUGACUGAUGCGCAGGUCAAGGAAGUGACCGCCAAGAUCAAGCAGCUUGCCGACAUCCGUCCCCUGGCCAUCGACGACACCGACAGCAUUCUCCGUUCCUUCCACACCGAGCUCCACGCGUAA